AUGAAUGACGAGCCGCCUAACUAUGAUGAGGCAACUGCGCCCGACUCCGCGGCCGCCCAGAUGGAAUCUCAGGCCCCCUUCAAAGGUUGCGGCACCAGAUUUGCCAUGUUAUCUCUUGCAUGGACAGAUCGUAUCCGUUUGAUGCGCUUCCCUGAAUCCAUCACCGUCCUUAUAUCUGAAGUUUUAAAUCAGCUAUGGCCAAAGGGUAUUCAGGACGUCCAAGCCUAUGACGAUAGCUUGGAAAUUAAGCUGCGUGGAAAUCCCUUCGCCCACGGACUGGACGAUGAGAAGAUCGCAAUUCGCAUUGCCAUUAUGGGGAUAUUGAAUGAGUUUGCGAAGGAAGGAUGGUUGGUUCCUCCCACAGGAGGAAGAGUAGGGAGGAUCGGAAAUUACGCGCCAUUUGGACAAAAGGGUAAGUACUUUCUUGACCUCAAGGCAGUGAGUCCCUAUAGAAGAAUGUGCUGA